GGAACUUUCAAAGACUUUAAAAAUGACCAUAUCAAACUUCUCAGAAGUCGACAUGAUACAAAAAGUUUACAACUCAUAGAAAAUUCGUUUGUGCUCAUUAUCUCUUAGUUCAAGCUAAUAGAAUUCUCUAUAAUUCUCUAUACCUACUUACGAAUAUCAUGAUUGAGUUCUUGAGUACUAAGAAUGCCUAGUAUAGCGCGAAAGCUCUUGAUUUGCGCCGCCGUUGACGGCCUCAUAAUCCAGCCACUUGCAACCAAAGGGCAGCGAGCUCAACAACCCGUUAAAGUCAAAUAUGGCGAUGCUACAAUAUCCUCGCUUCCUCGCGAUCAACCGCUAGAAACACCAAAGCCAAACUCAUCCUUUGAGGCUUUUGGUAUUGUAGGGCUCUUCACUGUUUCCCGCUUAAGCUAUCUUAUAACUGUUACUGGUCGCCAGCAAGUUGCGCAAAUUCGUGGCUUUCCUGUCUACGUCGUGACCGACGUCGCGCUCACCCCUUGUACGAGCCAAGCCGAUGCCGAACUAGCCAUUGCGAACACGGCGACCAAACUCCGACGCGCAUCAGCAGAUAAGUUUGUCGACGAUAGCGACUCAGAAAGCGAGGUCGAAGGGCCCUCGUUCUCUGGCGGCGACGAUACUGAAGAUCCGGGUGCCCUAAGCGACCGCGAGACUUCUGAAAAUAAAGAUGUGUCCGAGGUAGGAGGUGAGAGAAGCAGCAUAGCGGAAGACGUCAUAAAGCGUCGCGGUAGCUAUGGACGCUUUGCGCAGCGCUGGUUCAGUCGCAAAGGCUGGAUGAUGGACCAAAAGCGCAAUAUGGGACUCAGCAACCUUGUAACAGAUGGACCGGGUAGCCCAACCAACAAACCAAAAAACGGAAGCCCAGAAAGGGAAUUGAGCGAGGCAGUAACGCAGGAAGGAGUCGAUCCACCAUCCACCCCGUCUGUUGGCGAGAGUUUGAUGCCCAAGUUACUGCGAUUUGCGCAUAUCUGGCUUGGGACAUCCAGAAGCUUUUACUUUUCAUAUGACGUGGAUCUCACAAGAAGUGUUGCUAAUCGAUCCUCCACAACGGCAACAACAAAUCUUCCGCUACAUCAACAAGCUGAUUCAACCUUCUUUUGGAACCAAAAUCUAAUGAGGCCCUUCCAAGGCACCGGUAAUGACUCAAUAAUAUUACCCCUGAUGCAAGGCUUUGUGGGACAAAGAACCUUCGUUGUCGAUCGUCAUCCACCGCAAUCUGAUUCCCAGGAAGAUUCUAUGGAAAUGGCUGACAUGUCGCCUCCUCCCGAGCGCAAUACCGAAUUCUUUUCACCAGAAAGAGCAUCUGUUGAUUUGAGAUCAUCUGAAAAGAAAUUCGUUAUUACGGUGAUUUCCAGGAGGUCGACAAGACGAGCUGGGUUGCGUUAUUUACGGCGUGGCAUAGAUGACAAUGGGCAUGCUGCGAAUUUCGUUGAGACAGAACAAAUACUCUCAACUCCAUCAUGGGAACCAACGUCUAAGAUCUUCUCAUUCGUCCAGGUACGGGGUAGCAUACCGAUUUUCUUUACCCAGUCACCAUACUCCCUAAAGCCGAUACCGGUACUACAACACUCCUCCGAAGCCAAUUAUCGAGCGUUCAAGAAACACUUUGAACUACUAGGCAAUACAUAUGGAGCUAUGCAACUCGUGAAUUUAGUUGAGAAGCACGGUGUUGAGGCUAUAGUUGGGAAUGAAUAUGAGAAGAUGGUCCAAAGAUUUAAUGAGCAGAAGGCAGAAGAUUCUCAACCCCUCGCUUUUGAAUGGUUCGACUUUCACUCCGCCUGUCGCGGGAUGAAAUUCGAGAAUGUGAGCUUGCUUUUGGAUACCCUGGGCAAAGAAAUAGAAGAGGCCAGCAGCACCGUGGAAAAGGGCGACCAAAUAGAACGGAAACAGAAGGGCGUAUUGAGGACAAAUUGCAUGGAUUGUCUGGAUCGUACCAACGUCUGCCAGAGUUCCUUUGGCAAGUUCAUGCUCGAUCUGCAGCUAAGGGGGGAGGGUUUCGAUAUGUCAGCUCAGCUUGACCAGGAGAACUCGUGGUUUAAUACACUUUGGGCUGACAACGGAGAUGCCAUAUCCAAACAAUAUGCCUCUACUGCUGCGAUGAAGGGCGAUUAUACUAGAACGAAGAAACGAGAUUACCGUGGAAUGGUGAACGACCUUGGCUUGUCUCUAACACGAUUCUACAACGGAAUGGUCAACGAUUAUUUUUCGCAGGCUGCUAUCGAUUUCUUCCUAGGCAAUGUUUCAUCCAUGGUCUUCGACGAGUUUGAAGCAACUAUGAUGAGUAAGGACCCUGGAGUUUCGAUGUCAAAGAUGAGGGAGCAGGCUAUCGAGACAUCGCAGAAAAUAGUCAUCGAGGACGAUAAAGAGGACUUUAUCGGCGGAUGGACGUUGUUGAGCCCUAACACAUCUGACACUAUCAAAACUUCGAUGUUUGAAGAAGUAGUGCUUCUUCUCACUGACACAGCGUUGUAUUUAUGUCGAUUCGAUUGGAAGCUUGACAAAGUGUCCUCCUUUGAAAGGGUAGAUUUGGCACAUGUAGUCAGUAUUAAGGUCGGCACGUACAUAACCUCAGCCAUCUCCCCCGCGGAAACCGACGAAUCGAGGAACAUCGGACUUGUCAUUACUUAUGAACCAGGUAAAUUUGAUAUCAAGCGAACCAACACACGAUCUCUGUCCAGUACGUCGGGACAAUCAGACCAAAUAUCGGGAAAGGAUAUAUUUGGUGAACCGACAAAGGCCCCAGCCGCCGUAUCCGGCAUCUUGAACCAAGCUAUUCUCAACGCCAUCGCGGGUAAGCCGCAGUCGCAAUCGCACCCGCCGCGGAAGAUCGCUCUCAAAGCGCUAUAUUCUAGGACGGCAGUAUCGGAAACGAAGGACGUGAAGAAGAUGACGGAGAACGAGCAGAUCAACGUUAUCGCCACGGAGAUCGAAAGGCUGGUCUUCCUCAGCCAACCAAUCCCGGGGGAUUCGGAGCGGAAGAGCAUUGUAGAGAAAGGAGACAUCAUCUCCCUCGCCGAGGCGAAGAAGAGCACCGGGAUUCUAGAGCAGUGGGGUCACAGCAUAAAGAAGUUGGUUUGGGCAUAGAUGAAUCUUCAUAGCUGCUCAUUAUGAGGUGUACAUAAU